AUGACAUUUGCCCCGAGACAUUUCACCCAUUGCACUUCAUCCAAAAAGAUUAAGCCCAAUUUCCGUUUGACCCUAUGCGCCGGCGGCCUGCUGCUCAGCGCUCAGCCGUCCGCAUUCCGAGCGGGGCGUGCAUGUCCUGCACGUCUGCGGCCCCCUCUGCCUGCGGCUCCAAGCCUGCGAGGCCUUGUCCUUGUCCGGGCGCCACCGGCCCUGCUACAAGGACCUCUGCCCUUUGCCCCGCAGGUGGAGGUGGCGGUGCUGGGCGUGCUGCUGGUGCUCACCGUGCUGGGCAAUGCGGUGGUGCUGCUGGCGCUGUACGCCCGGCGGCGCUGCGGCGGCCGCAGGAAGCUGUCGCGCAUGUUCUACUUCAUCCUGCACCUCAGCGUGGCCGACAUGGUCACCGCCUUCUUCAGCGUCCUGCCGCAGCUCGUCUGGAAGGUGACGUUCCGGUUCCACGGCGGCAACUUUCUGUGCAAGGCGGUCAAGUUCGGCCAGCCGCUGGGUGUGUACCUCAGCUCGUACGUGCUCACGGCCACGGCGUGCGACCGCUACCGGGCCAUCUGCCACCCGCUCACCUACUGCUCCUGGACCUCUCGCCGCGCCAAGACCAUGGUCUGGGCCGCCUGGGGAGUGGCCAUCUGCUUCUCCGCACCUCAGGCCUUCAUCUUCUCGUACAGACAGGUGGGCCCGGGUGAGACGGACUGUUGGGCCGACUUCCCCCCCGACUGGGGUGUCCGCUCCUACGUCACUUGGUACGCGUGCUCCGUGUUCGUGGUGCCUCUCGUCGUCCUCUUCUUCACGUACUCCAGGAUCACGUGCGAGAUCUGGCGGUGCGCGUCCACGCGGCACGUCCCCAGCGCGCUGCCCGCCGCCGCCGUCACCCCGGGCGCCACCCCGGCCGCCACGCCCAGCGCCGGGCGCGCGCGCAUCGCCCUAUCCUGCCAGCAGGCGCACGCCUACGCUUACCGGUUCGGCGCUGCGCAGCUGGCCGGCUCGCCACCCAGCCCGGCCGGGACCGCCUCGCCCGGGACGCCGUCCAUGGCGGCGGCGGGGUCGCUGCUGCUGACGACGGCGACCACGACGAACACGAGCACCACGGGCAGCGCGGGGAGCGGCCGCGGCGGCGGUGCCUGCUCGGCGGGCAGCUUCGUGGCGGUGCGCUCGGCCAGCAGCCGCACCAACCCGCUCAUCUCUCGGGCCAAGAUCAACACCGUCAAGCAGUCCGUGCUCGUCAUCAUGCUCUACAUCGUGUGCUCGGGGCCCUUCAUCUGCGCGCAGCUCUGGGCCGCCUGGACCACGCCCGGCGACGGCGCCAGCAACGCCGUGCGGGAGGACGCCGAGUACCUGCAAGACUCGUCCAACGUGUACACCAUCCUUACGCUGCUGUUCAGCCUCAACAGCUGCGUCAACCCGUGGAUCUACCUGGCCUUCAACAAGGAGCUGCGCAGCCCGCUGUUCCUGCUGCUGUCCUGCAGGGCGUGCAAGCAGGCCGCCAUCGGCCGGGGGCAGAGCGCCGCCGCCGGCAGCAUGCACUCGUCGUGCUCCUCCGUGAACAACGGGCACGUCGCCGCCCCCGCCACAGCCGCCCCGGGGGCGGUGGGGCGCCGCGGGCAUCGCGGUGUGGCCCGCCGCGCCCCCGCCGCCUGCAAGACGUACCGUCUGGCGCCGCUGCCGCGACCCGCCAAGAGCCGGCCGCGGCUGUGGCCCCGCCGCCUGCACUGGCUGUGCGCCCAGGGUGAGUCAGCCGCCUCGUUUAGAAGAGCAGCCGGCGAGGCGGAAAUUAGAAAUUCCGAUGAGCCUCCAUCGCUGGGAAAACAAAGGUGCUAA